CUGUUCCGACCAAGUCAGUUUGAUCUACCUGCGGAGGGAGCGGACGAGGGCUCCCCGCUGACGCUCGGCUUCAAUUUUUCCUCGAGUUUUAUUCCCAUUUCACAGUGGUUUUUACUCUCCAGGACCCGAGUGGACGGACUUGCUGUGUUGACAAGGAUCAGGAAGCUGUGUCAGCCACGGUUUGAAAAAGCAACAUGGCUUCCCAGGCUGAUCUGAUGGAACUAGACAUGGCCAUGGAGCCAGACCGUAAGGCAGCAGUCAGUCACUGGCAGCAACAGUCCUACCUGGAUUCAGGCAUCCACUCAGGGGCCACCACAACUGCUCCAUCCCUCAGUGGGAAGGGCAACCCUGAGGAGGAUGAUGUUGACAACCAGGUCAUGUAUGAGUGGGAGCAGGGCUUCAACCAGAACUUCUCCCAAGAGCAAGUACAAGCUGCUCUUCUGUCUGUUUUAGACAUAGAUGGUCAGUACGCCAUGACGCGUGCCCAGCGGGUUCGUGCAGCGAUGUUCCCGGAGACUCUUGAGGAGGGCAUGCAGAUCCCUUCUACACAGUAUGAUGCAGCAAACCCCACCAAUGUCCAGAGGCUGGCAGAGCCCUCACAAAUGCUCAAACAUGCUGUGGUUAAUUUGAUUAACUAUCAAGAUGAUGCUGAGCUGGCAACCAGAGCAAUCCCAGAGCUGACCAAACUCCUCAAUGAUGAGGACCAGGUUGUAGUAAACAAAGCAGCAGUGAUGGUCCACCAGCUGUCAAAGAAAGAAGCUUCUCGCCACGCUAUCAUGCGCUCACCUCAGAUGGUGUCUGCUAUCGUGAGGACCAUGCAGAACACAAAUGAUGUGGAGACAGCUCGCUGCACUGCAGGAACACUGCACAACCUUUCCCAUCACAGAGAGGGACUGCUGGCUAUCUUUAAGUCAGGAGGAAUACCAGCUCUAGUUAAAAUGUUGGGUUCACCGGUGGACUCUGUCCUGUUCUAUGCCAUCACCACCCUCCACAACCUCCUCCUGCACCAGGAAGGAGCCAAGAUGGCUGUUCGUUUAGCUGGAGGACUACAGAAAAUGGUGGCUCUGCUCAACAAAACCAAUGUCAAGUUCCUGGCCAUCACCACUGACUGUCUCCAAAUACUGGCCUAUGGAAACCAGGAAAGCAAGUUGAUAAUCCUGGCCAGUGGUGGCCCACAGGCGCUCGUCAACAUCAUGAGGACUUACACCUAUGAGAAGCUGUUGUGGACCACAAGCCGCGUCCUCAAAGUUCUGUCAGUGUGCUCCAGUAACAAGCCUGCCAUUGUAGAGGCUGGAGGCAUGCAGGCUCUGGGACUCCACCUGACAGAUCCCAGCCAGAGACUGGUCCAGAACUGUCUGUGGACUCUCAGGAACUUAUCAGAUGCUGCCACCAAACAGGAGGGAAUGGAGGGUCUGCUAGGAACUCUGGUGCAGUUGCUUGGCAGUGAUGACAUUAAUGUGGUGACCUGUGCUGCUGGCAUCCUGUCUAAUUUGACCUGUAACAACUACAAGAACAAGAUGAUGGUGUGCCAGGUUGGAGGUAUUGAAGCGUUGGUUCGCACGGUGCUUCGGGCUGGAGACAGAGAAGACAUCACAGAGCCAGCGAUUUGUGCCCUGCGUCAUCUCACGUCACGACACCAGGAUGCUGAAAUGGCACAGAACGCCGUCAGACUGCACUAUGGCCUGCCUGUAGUGGUCAAAUUACUGCAUCCGCCAUCACACUGGCCACUCAUCAAGGCUACAGUUGGUCUGAUCCGUAACCUGGCUCUCUGCCCUGCGAACCACGCCCCUUUGAGGGAGCAGGGUGCCAUCCCCAGACUGGUUCAGCUGCUGGUCAGAGCACAUCAAGACACACAGAGACGCACCAGCAUGGGAGGCACACAGCAGCAGUUUGUGGAGGGAGUACGUAUGGAGGAGAUUGUGGAGGGCUGUACAGGAGCGCUUCACAUCCUGGCCAGAGAUGUCCACAACAGAAUAGUCAUCAGAGGACUCAACACCAUUCCACUCUUUGUACAGCUGUUGUAUUCUCCCAUUGAGAACAUCCAGCGUGUAGCAGCGGGCGUCCUGUGUGAGCUUGCUCAGGACAAAGAGGCUGCUGAGGCCAUCGAGGCUGAGGGAGCAACUGCCCCACUCACGGAGCUAUUACACAGCCGCAAUGAAGGAGUUGCCACGUAUGCAGCAGCAGUUUUGUUCCGUAUGUCAGAGGACAAACCUCAAGACUACAAGAAGCGCCUCUCUGUAGAACUCACCAGCUCGCUCUUCAGGACAGAACCAAUGGCCUGGAACGAGACAGCAGAUCUGGGUUUGGACAUCAGCGCACAGGGAGAGCCUCUGGGCUACAGACCAGAAGACCCAAGUUACCGUUCCUUCCAUUCGGGGGGUUACGGAGGGGACUCAAUGGGUAUGGAGCCCAUGAUGGAUCAUGAGCUGGGUGGAGGCCACCACCCUGGCCAGGACUACCCCCCUGUAGAAGGGCUGCCUGACCUGGGACAUGCCCAGGAACUGAUAGAGGGCCUGCCACCUGGCGACUCAAACCAACUGGCCUGGUUUGAUACCGACCUGUAAAUACCAAGACCAACAUUACACUACACUUUCUACUAGCUGUAUCAUGUGAUCCAGAUGAACCUGCAUCGUGAUUCGCCCAUAUGGAGGAGGCGAGGUUUCAGAAAGUGCCUGAAGAUGACUCAACAACAGCAAGCAGAGUUUCCUGUCUAUGGGGACUCCAUUGGGACAAACUAGAUUUUGUGCGGUUUGGUUCUGGUCUCAGCCUGAUGGGGGGCUGACCUCAAAUCCUGACAUGACACAGAUUUUUCAACAAUUGGUUUUCAAAUCCCUUUUUAUGUUUUUUGUUUUUUUUUUAAACUUUAUUUGGUUUUACUUUUUUAAUUCCGUUUUCUGUAAUGGUACAACUGAAUCUAGCUUGCUUUUUCCAUUAUUCUGAAUUAUGAUACUCUUGUUUUCAGUCCCUUGUAUUUUAAGUCUCUGGUAGUGUUUGUUUUUUGUUUUUUUUUUUUGUUUUUUUCUUUUUUAGUGGUAAUGCUCCAUCCAAGUAAAGGAUCUGAUCACAUUUUAAAUGGUGUCCAAACACUAAAGUUAAUCAGUUGAAUUGUAUUCUGAUGAUCAAGUGUAACAUUGUGUAGCUUUUGUAUAAAAACAUGAAUUGGAAAUCAUGGUCCAAAUAUCAAGCUAUUUUCUUGCUUUAAAGGGGGACACUGAUGUCUCUGCUGUUCCAAAGGGGGGUGUAGCUGACCUAGCUGGGUGGGAGUGUCUGCGAAAGGACAGGGGUGGAGGACUCCUCCUAUUGGUCUGCUGUAAGUGGGUGGGGUAGUAAGAGGAGCUGGUUGCUGUAGCCUGCUGUGUUCUGAAACAAUAAAAUGGACUGUCAUUUCA